ACGAAGAUAUUGUCAAUGAGGAACUCUAGCAUAUUUUUUAUUUCAACUUCAGAGUACUUGUGCGUGGAAUCAGAGUGGUGUUUAACAAAAUUAUCACUCAUCAUGGGUCUUGGCUGUGGAGGAAAGUUGGGGAUGAUCUUCCUGAUCGUAAUCAAUACAAUAUUCUUUAUUUUUGGAAUUGGUGUCCUGAUAGUGGGUGUACUGGCUCUAGAAGACGUGGCGGAUCUCAAUAAAGAUCACAUCAAGCCCGUCCUGGAUACCAUCACAGUGAAUUCCUUUCAAGUGGGAGAUCUAGCAACUAAUUUAUCCAUCAUUCUGAUAGUCAUCGGAGCGUUUAUUUUCAUUAUAUCAAGUCUGGGCCUCAUUGGCGCUUGCUGUCAAAAUAAAUGCAUGCUGGUUACGUAUGCCAUCCUGGUUUUGAUUUUACUUGUGAUGAAGAUUGUAAUCAUUGCGUUGUGGUUUACCAUGCAAAACAAGGUCGAGGAGGAAAUAAAAAGUAAGAUGCUGACGAGCCUCAAAGAAAAUUUUAAGAGUGACGACACCACAAAUAGUAAUUCAGUAUCGAAUGCCUGGAAUUAUUUGUUCAUGUCGCUCGACUGUUGUGCAGUUGAUCCCGUGACAAGUACAACGAACGACUUCGACCAGACGACAUGGUGUACAACAAUUGGAAGUUGCCAGGCUACAAACUCUGAUAUACCAAAAACAUGUUGUAAAGGAGUGGACGAAAACACAUACUCAACAGCUCCGACUUCAUGCCAUUCAAGUGUUACUCCUGGAACUUAUAAUACAAAGGGAUGUUACGACGCUUUGAAAGAUCUUCUAACAUCCAGAUCGCCGAGCAUUAUUGGUGUUAGCGUUUCCGUUAUGGUUUUGGAGAUCUUGUCUGUUGUCUUCGCGUUCAUAGUUUGCAAGGGUGCAGGGACAGAUACAGUUGUUUAAAUGUGCGUAACUUACAUAAUUUUUCACAGAUGAAAGCAAUAAACGGUACUCUGUUUGUAAAUGACUACCCAACAUGUCUCAAGCACUCUACAGUCAAUAUAUAUGCAGAUGAUACCACGCAAGAUGUUUCUGAUAAAUCCUUAGAUGUAAUUGAAACAAAAAUAAAGGAUGAUCUUAUAAAUUCUAUGGAAUGGAUGCAUAAGAAUAAAUUGACAAUAAAUUUAAAUAAAACACAAUGUAUUUUAAUAGGAACGGCACAGAAAUUAUCGAAAUGUAGAAAUCUUUGUAUUAAUGUUGGUGCAAUUUUUAUAGAAAAUGUCAAAUGUGCCAAACUUUUAGGUGUUUACAUCGAAGAAUGACUUACGUGGUCUUAUCACACAGAUGCCUUAUGUAAAAAACUUAGUCAGAAAUUAGGUGUUUUAAGUAGAUUGAGUACUUUUAUGUCAAAGGAGGCACUACUCAAAAUUUACAAUACUAUUGUUUUUUUCUCAUUUUAAUUAUUGUUGUACAGUAUGGAAGGAUACAAAGAACAAGACAAAUAUUGAUAGGCUUUUUAAAUUACAAAAGAGGGCAGCAAGAAUCAUUUUACAUAUCAAAGUACCUCAUUCAGUGUCAACUUCUUGCAUGCUAUCAAAUUUGAGAUGGAUGCGUUUGAUUAACUAUUUUAUUUAUCGAAAAAUUAUUCUUAUGUUUAAAGUUUUACAUCAUAUGACUCCAGAGUAUUUACACGUUUUUAAAUUUGUGAAUGGGGUAAACACAAGAAAUACAAGACAAAGCUCUUCAAAUUUUAUCUAUGUUACAAGAGCCAAAACAGAAUAUUUUAGAAGAUCUUUUAUCAUUUCAGCAGCAAUUUUAUGGAACUCGUUACCAGAUUUUAUAAGAAAAUGUACAACUACCACAUCUUUUAAAUCAGCCUAUCUAAAACAUUAUUUUGACACUCAAUGAUACUCGUGUGUUUAUUGUCUCUUUUCCUUUAGUUCUUAUCUGUAUGUAUAUAAAUUGUGAUAUUUUCAUGCUUUGUGAUAUAUUAUGUUCUCGAUAUGUAUAUAUGUUAUAGACAGGACCACAAUGUAAACUAGUUUAUACAACUAAUUGUGCAAUCCUGUAUAAAUAAAGGAUAUUAUUAUUAUUACUCUAAAUUAUGUAUAGAACCAAAUGCAUGCAGCAAUCUACAUAAACUAAAAAUCAAUUUCCUAUGUUGAACACGGCACAUGUAUCAUGAUCAUUAUCGCUCUGAAUGCAUGCAGUGUUACAUAAUAAAUCAAUCGCAACGCUCUAAGGACGUCUACCUGAUUAGACGUGUAGGAACCGUAUAUUAUUACAGCAUUAUUGCUUGCUAGUCUUUUCUGAAUGCUGACAAUGCUUGCUUACUUGAACGAUAUCAAUGCUUGCUGAUUGGAAUGUUGGCAAUGCUAACCUAUUUGAAUGCUGGCAAUGCUUGCUGAUUUGAAUGUUGGCAAUGCUUACUUAUUUGAAUGCUUGUAAUGUUUGCUGAUUUGAAUGCUAGCAUUGCGUGUUGAUUUUGAAUGCUGGCAAUGCUUGUUGAUUUGAAUACAGGGACCGCUUGCUGAUAUGAAUACUGGCAAUGGUUACUGAUUUGAAAGCAAGCAAUGCUUGCUUAUGUGGAUAUGGCUGGUCCAGUCCUAUGCUAAUUCAUCUCUUUUUUGUCUAACAUAUGUGUCAAUGCUGUUAAAUGCUAAAGGACCUUCCAUUAUAAGGAAAGACAAAUGAGUCAAUGCUACAUAUAAUUUCUAGACCAUCAUCAUUAUUGAUUUUACUGUCAAAAUGAAUUAGACAAUGCCAAUUAUUUUGUCGAAUUAUAUUUCAAACAAUUGCAUGUUUGCCUAUGCAUAAGAAUAAAAAUCACAAAUCUUUAAUUAAUUUCUAUAUUGCAAUAUUACCAUAUUGUUUGAAUGAUUGUGAAUUUGGAUUUAAAGGGACUGGUUCACAUUUCUCGAAAAAAUAUAUAAUUUUUCAAUUUUGAAUUUAAAAACUAAAACUAAAAUUCAUUCAAUGUCGACAACCAAAAUGUGAACCUUCUGAAUGCAAGAAUAAGAGCAAUGUUUUAGCUUUAAUGCUGCGUUAUGUAAAGAAAGACUCGGAGUUUUUUUUACGUAAACAAACAAAUCAAUGAAAUGUUAAUUUUGUAAUUUAAAGCAUCUUGAUUUUAUACAAUCACAAAUGUUAACUUUCAAAUGAAACAUUUUACCUAAAGUAUACCUGAGAUGUGAUAUAUAUCUUGAAUAAACUUGAAUCAAUAUCCAUUUAUUUUGAAAACUUCGUAAACAGUAACACACCUCAAUCUUUGUUUUCAAAAGAAAUGAUAAACUCUCUAUAAUGAGCUUCUGUCAUGAUAUAACCUUGAUAUUUUCGUGAAACCGUCUAAACAUAUUAGAAUGUAGAUUCUGAUCAUUUAAAGUGAAAACAGAAUUUGGGGAAAAAUCUUGAAUCAGUCCCUUUAAGGUAACCGAUCUAUAAAAGCAAUAAUUUCACAAAACGUCAAUAUCUGUAGCACUGAAUCUUUCGUGAAAACAAAAUGCCUACUUUUAGUAAGCUAAAGAUGGCAGAGAGAUAGUAAAUGAUGUCCAGAUUUAUUCAUAGGGAAUUAGAUUUCUUGUCGUAGUUACAUGUAUUUCCUCUUGUAGAAAUGUAGAAAAGGUUAAAUAUUUUCAUAAUAAUAAUAUAAUGAUACUAAUGAUACAUUACAUCACGCCUUAUAUAAAACAAAUUACUCCAGGGUGUUUUACAAGGGUAGAGAUGAGGAAUGCAACAAUAAAACACAAUUAUGACGGUAUGACAUAAAAUCUUGCAUCUGUAAACUUAUCAAAACAAAAAACAUUUUUAUCAAGAUCGAUAGCUCAAGUCUUUUUUUUUUUUUAGCACUAUGCAAAGUCUCUUUUAAAAAGUACUCCAAAAUGUAGUAUGACGGUACUCUAAAAAUGCAAAGAUCAAACUCUCCGAAUAAUAAACACACUUUAAAUACCAGAUUUCUAAAACAGCGUUUAAAAAAACAAUAAAAGUUAAAACACUAUUAGCAUGAAUGUUCUUGGGAAAUUAUGAUAAAUACACAUAUGAACAAAAUCACAGAUUAUACACUAAAACACAUGACGAAAUAGGUGUCCUUAUUAAUUACAAAGUUUCAAGAAAUUCUGUUGAGCGGUUUCAGAGGAGUUGCGCUGACAAGAACAGGACAGACGGGCUCGAAAUUCUAAGUUCGAAAGAGGCAUAACUCUUAGAAAAAAUAUUGAAUCAGAAUUCCCUUGGAAAAUUAAUUAGCAUGGUGACCUUUACUUUUCUUUGCGUAUUUUGAAAGGCCAUCAUGAUAGGAAUCUUUUCACCAUGAGGUAUCCUUGGAACUUAUAUUCUAAUUGACUUUAUAUGUAAGAAAUGUGUUUUUCUCAUAAUCUCUAUAACAGAUAUUUCUCUCUAUAACAGAUAUUUCUGAUAUGUCUUGUCACUUUUGAAAAUUCUUUUGGUGAAUCACUGUGCAUGUUAAAUUUUUUUCAUUUUGAUACCAAAUUUUGCGAAGUGCUGCAUUACAUGACAAUUAGGUUUAUUUUUUUAAAGGGAUGCCUUAAAUUCUGAGGAAUGAUAGUGAUACUGGUUCAGCUUUCUGACAAUGUUAUUAAAUGCUGAUUUUUAAUGUGGACAAUGUUUAAAUUCUAACGCUAAUAAUGCUGACAAUGUUUAAAUUUUAAUACUAAUAAUACUGACAAUGCUUACUGUUUUUAUCCCCAUGUUAGUUUAUCUCCAAUACUCACAGUACUUAUGUUAAUACUAGAGCUAGAGUUAGAUAUAUAGCUCCCUGUAUUCUAGGACAAUCCAAAAUAUCACGAACAGUAACACAUAUUAAGUGUAAAGCUUUUAAUGCCAGUUGUUUUUUUUUUUUUUUUGUUUUUUUUUUGUACAAUCAAGACAUCUUUUUUAAAUGGAACGAAAAAUACCAAAAUAAUGUCUUCUUAGAGAUUGUUUAGUUUUACUGUAUUUCUGGUUUUAUCUAAAUACAGAAUUACACUAAAUAUUUUGGACAUGUUUAACUUACCAAUUAGACCCUCGUUGUUAGUAAACGUAAUAUUCAAAUGUUCAUCAUGAGUAGAUGAAAUAGUAUUCCUUAAGUUAUAUGUAGCUCCACCCUCGUGUGAAUUAUCAAUAUUAAUAGUUGAUUGUAGAAAAACUGUAUUAAUUUCCACUUGAUAUAGUUUAAUUUGAUCAAUAGUCAAAGAAAAUAUGUAUGUUGCCACUUUUUAAAAAGAUAUCAGACAUACAAAAACAGAAGUAUAUGUCAAUCUCAAAAAAUCGUACCGUUUCAUUUAAAAAAUAAUUAAAAUGCAAAAAAAAAAAAAACUUUGUUAAGGAAGUUGAGCUUUUGGGUAAAACUGCACAGGAUACUACAACUAAGUAUUCAGUAGUUCAAUAUUGAUUCCAUUGGUGCAAAAUAUUAUAUGUCUAAUAUUGAAUCCUAUCCCGUUGAAAUUUUUUCUGUCAAUUCAAAUUUUGAAAGGAUUUGUCAGGAAUUAUAUUUUGUGGCGGGAGGAUAAUCAAAAAGGUCUAAAUCUGCAUGAUAUUAAAUUUUCUGUUUUUCCAACAUAUCUCCUAUCUUUAUACUCGUAUACGUGUAAUUCAGUUUUAUAAUUUAUGAUAUAAGUAGUUGAGACUUGGAACUAAUUCAAAUGUUGUAAUUCAUUAAAUUUGGUUGAUAUAUUUUCCAAACAGAACACAGAUUCAUAAAAAAGUUCAAAUAAAUCUAAAUCAAUUCACUCGACAUUUUAUAUAAAAAUUCAGUAUUUUCGGCAAUGAUUUUAAAAUUGAUCUCUAACUCCCAUAUUUUUAGGAUCAAUCAAAACCUUGAAAAUUAUAUAAAAUUUUAGAAACUGACAUUACGCCUAAUAUACCCAUUUAAACUCUCAGAUUUGAUGGCAUGAUUUUUUUUUUGCAUAUCAAGUGCAAAAGGGUCAUUAUUUAUUUCCAUUUCUUGUAUUAAACAUUUUUAUCUGUAUUGUUAGAAGACAUGAUUAUUCAUCUAUUUUAUACAAUGAUUGACUGUGGCAUUAACAAGGCAAUGUAUACUGUAUAUUUCAGAUUUUAGCUGUUGUCUUCGCAUUUGUGGUCUGUGUCAAAGCGGGAGACGGCACUGCCGGAAUUAAAGACGUAGCAAAAUAUUAAAAAGACGUGGAAA